CGUCGCCUUUUUUCUUCUUCCUUCGAUUUCGACUUCGAUUUGGACUUCGACUGCUCAACUCCUCUCUCUCUCCUACUUCCACCUUUUUCUUUGACUUCUCCUUCUUGCUCUGCUUCUCCGUCACUCGACUAGACGAGAAGGCAAUUGCAGCAUGGCCACUUUCCUUUGACUUCCUUCGCUGGCCUGCCGACUCCCGUUUGCCUCCCUGGGGUGUUUCUUUUCUUCAACCUGCUCCAUUCUCGCGCAUAAAGGCUGGCCAUCGCUUGAACACCGAAUCUACGCAAAACCAGCACCAGUUUUUCGCCAUUCGUAGCUUUUACGACCUGUUCUACGAGGCUUCCCAGCGACGAGGUCUCCGUCUCUUCCCUCUUCCUCUUGAUUUAAGGGCUCGAGUUGUCCAGCGGAGCUUUCACCUACACACAGUAUACACACCCAUUCGCCCAUCUCGCCCCGAAGAAGAAAGGGAAAACAAACUGUUUGACCAAGAAGGGCCACGCCCAUCAGCAAGAUGAACGGUUCUCUUGUCGACCCGGCCCAAUGCUUCUCCCACCUCGUCGAACACAUUCCCUUAUGGUUGACUCGAGUCACCGAGCUAGCCUCUCACACAGCAGCCAAACACGCCGAGUUUGCUGCGGAAUACACCCGUAUAUCCAAGUUGAAGCCCCGACAGCGAAGACGGCGAAACAGCUCCCUCAAUACAAAUAAAGGAGAAGAUGACCAGCGCUCAGUAAACUCGAGAAACAAACCUUCCUCCGGCUCAACCUACAGACACCUCGACGCACAGGAUCCGUUCCGGGAUCCCUUGAUAUUCAAACGACUCACACGUCAGAAUAACCAAGACGCCAUAAACAGGAAACGAAAACAGCAGGACAGCACUCCUUCUACACCUUCGGACGCUGACAGCGGUCUAGCCCGUCGUGUUCGCCAACAGGUUGUUAUACACUAUGAUUCUCAGACACAGACAGUGCUUGAACGACUUGUUCGUGACAUAGGUGGUGCCCGCAACCAGAUCCGAAAAGAACGCAUGAACUACAUGAUGAAAGUCGACUUCAGCCGUCGAGCUCUCCCGUCUCACUUAUUUCCAGCCGGCAGCCCAGACGAUGACGAAAACACCCUCACCUUACCUCAUCAUCGAUCCUUUAGGAGGUCUCGAAGUACACAAUUUGAUCCAAAACCUGGAACCAACGGAACAAUUACUAAAAGUACGACACUUGCAAAACAGAACGCUUCCGCCUUUGACACGACAGACAAACAGCUAGAGGCUGCCCAGAGUUUAUGCGAGACGGCAGCGCACCAAUUCCUACGAAACGGAGACUGCUCCAGAGAGCUAAGCAAGACAGUAGAGCGACUUAAUGCCGCGCUGGAAAUGGCCCAGGCCGAAGGGACCCGACUCAAGGCUGAGAAGGAAGCGGAGAAGCUACGCCAGCAAGCUGAAGAGGAGGAACAGGAAAGCAAAAGUGACCGCACGGCCGUUGAAACGGUUGGACAUGCAGAUUCAGACGCACACAUGCAAGCCGACGCCCUCCAACCUGUGAAGAUGAAGAUGGACAUGAAUGUGAACGGAGAUGCAAACGCGCCGCCGGAGAUGAUGGGGGCUAUCGAGGUGGACGACGGGUCGUCGACAUCAUCUAUAUCCAUCGACCUAGCCGCAUUUCGACGACGGAGGUUCAAAGCGUAAUUUAUUUACCCUUGACCGUGAGCCGGUGAGCAGCUACAUCGGAAUUUGAAAUGUAUUGGAACUCUUCUUUCUCAACUUCUGCGAACUCGUCACCUACAGUGCAUGAACUCGGUGAGCCAGGCUGUACCAAAGGUUCCACACUCUGCAGGUAUGUGUUGUUUGCCUGCUUGGUAUUGGCAACACCAGCAACAACUGCAAGCCCAUGCCAGUUGAUUCGAAGUCACAGAACGCAGAGUGCAUCUAUGCUCCUCGAAACUUCCGCGGGGCUCACUGUCACAACCUUCUCUACCUUCGUUUUUCAUUUACCUCCCGCAUAAAACGGCGUUUUUACUUUGCAUUUAACCCAGCGACGCUGCUCUGUUCUAACUAACUACCUCCAAAUUUCCUAUUAUCUAAUUUUUGCUCCUUGUCCUUUGCCUGAUACCUUUCUGUAGCAAAAUUUAAAAGGAAGCCAACCACGGUUACGGUGAUGAUAGCGUUGCAUUCUCCUUCUUUUCCUCUGCUCUUCAUUUGUCUGUUGUUUUAGCCUGUCAUUUCAUUUCCUUUUACCAUCAUCAGCACUGGGACAUGGAUACUUAGCAUGGAGUCUCUAAAAUGGGGGGAAUUCAUACUAUUUUUUGCUCUAUUAAUGUUUUUUUCUUCUUAAAAAAAUGAAUACCACAGAUAUCAUACAUCACUAGCCUCCUGUUUAUUUUUCCCUUUCCUUUCUUUUUCUCAUUUUCUGUUU